AUGACUACGCUACACGUAGCUGUACUGAGGCAGGAUAUGGAAAUUGUCGAAACAAUCGAUAUUGUCCUUCAGGACAAGGAAAAGUCGCAGAAAAUGAUCUACAUAGAUCAGCUUGAUGAGCUUGGUAAUACAGCACUGUCAUAUGCAAUAUCAACAGCUUCCACGUCCAUUGUCCAUACGCUCGUCCGUGCUAGAGCCGAAGUCAACCGGAGGGACCGCCUUGGGUUUACGCCUCUCAUGGAUGCAUGCUAUCGAGGAGAUGAAAGAGUUAUUUCCUGCUUGAUUGACUACGGCGCUGAUGUUGCGAUGCGUAAUAACUGCGACGUCUCUGCACUAGAGUGCAUCAUGAUGGGAGAGAGUGAAAGAAAAGUUGAAAUAUUAAGGCGUCUGGCCAGUUUUGCAAACAGACCACAGCUUAACAAAUCACUUUCCUAUGCUUUCAAUAGCUCAAAGGAGUUCUGCCUCAUCCUUGUGCAGUGUGGUGCGGAUCCCGAACACGUUGGUCUGUUGAAUAAGGAAUCAAAGAAACCCACGGAUGUGAUUGAAAGGCGAGUGAGAUCACAGGACGAAAAAGAGCCUGUUGGUGUUCCAGUUGCAUGGUACAACAGCAACCCAAUGAAGAAUCACCAGCGAAGGAUCUACCAAAUUGGCCAAUCGGGUCAUUACGAGAUUGGCAAGGCAAAAGAAUGGGGUCUUUCCGAGCUUGAGAAUCUUCCUGAAGUCUCGGGCAGCAAGGAAACAAUACUAGACAUACCAUUGAAGAGCAGCGUGGCUCAAUACCAAUACAACUUCAAUAACAUCGAGAAAGUCGUUGCUGUGGUCGCACCAUAUUCUAAAUCGUCGAGUCACGGAUCUCAAUGUAGGGGGCCUCUUACGCGGCCGACCUAUGUUCUGGUUAAGUGGAAAGAUAUCCUUCCCGAGCAUCUGCAGCAUUGUUCUAUAAUGGCAGACUGCGAAAGCUUCAUCCUGAAAAGUAAGUUUUUGUGUGCCGUUCCAAAAAGGAACCGGGCUGCUUGGAGAGACUGGAUUGAAGACUUCUGUUGCCAAAACGAAAAUGGGUAA